CUAAUCUAUUUAAAAUACAUUAAUAAAGAAAUAGGAAGAAUUAAAAGAUAAUUAUUAAAACAAUUUAUCUUAAGGAUACGAGGUUAUUAGUUUUUAAAUAUAAGAAAGUUAUAAUUUACCAAGAAUAAAAGUUUAUACAGGAAAACUAGAAGAAGAAGAGUUUGAAAUAAAAGAAGAAUAAAGAAUAUAAUUAAUAGAUGACGAAAAAGAAGAAAAACAUUAAAAUUAAUAAAAGUACUUUUAUUAUUUAACAACUAAUAGUGACACAUUAAUGGGAUUAUCUAUUAAAUUUAAUAUAUCAGAAGCUUAAAUAAAAAUGAUAAAUGAAAUUUCAGAUACUAUAUUUCCUGGAAUGAAAUUAAAAUUUCCAAUAGAAUUAUCAUAAUAAGAAAAAUAAAAAGAAAAUAUUCAUUAAAUUAAUAAUAUAUAAAAAAAAUCAUAAUAAUUUUCAAUGUCUAAUAUAUAAGAAAAUUAAAUAUAAGAAACACAUCGAUAUUCCUUUUAUUAUUGCACAUCACACGGUAAUAUUAUGGGUUGCCUUUCAAUUAAUGAAAAUGUCAUAAUGUUUGAUCCAUCGUUAUCAAAUGCAAUAAAUAUGAAAAAGUUAUAAAAAAAAAGAGUUAUUAAAUUUUAAGCUUGUAUAGAUAUUAAAGACAUAAAUGAAGCUAUUUCUUUAAUAUUACCUUCCAGAAAUGAGUCUAAUAUUGAAAAUGCUAAAGAUUAUAUAUUAUAGAUAUGUUUAUCACAUAUAGGAAAUAAGGAUAUAUAUAAGAAAUAUAAGAAUAGAUUAAAGGAAUUAAAGAACUAAAAAAAAUCAAUUUCGACCAUAUUUUUUAGACUUUUUGAAACUGAUUAAAAUAAUAAGGAAAUAAGUAAUGAUGAUAAGAAAGAAUUAUUAGAAUAUGUAGUAAAAUAAAUUAAUUAGAAUGUUUAAGCUUAUGAAUAAGUUUAAAAUGGAUAAAUUAAAGAUUUAGAAGUUUAAAAUAAGGGAGAAAGUGAAUAAAUUGAUGAUGAUGAAGAAGAAAAUGAAUGGAAAAAAUUCGAAUUUACACCAAAAUUAGCUGAAAAAUCAUAAAUUUUAACAGAUAAUGAAUAAUUUUUAUAAAUUAUAUUUUAUGUUCCUUCAAUGUUUAAGUUUACAAAUUGGAGAAUGAUAUAUUAAAACUUAAGACAUGGGACAAGUUUCUAAACUUUAUACAGAAAUGUUGAAGAAGAAUCGCCAUUUAUAUUAAUUAUUUAAAAUUUUUAUGAUGAAAUUUUUGGUGCAUAUGUAUCUGAUGCACUUCAUUGUGAAACUAGUUUUUAUGGAACUGGUGAAUGUUUUUUAUUUAAAUUAGAUAAAGAUAUUAAAGUUUUCAAUUCUACUGGUAAAAAUGAGAGUUAUAUUUAUUCAGAUUUAGAAGGUUUUGCUAUUGGAUGUGGUGAAUAAUAUGGUCUUUAUGUUAACAAAGAUCUUUAUAAAGGUUAAAGUCAUAAAUGUGAUACUUUUGAUAAUGAUAUUCUAUGUACUGUUGGUAAUUAUAAUGAUUUUAAAAUUAAGAAAAUUGAGAUUUGGGGAUUAGAUAUGUGA